AUGCUUCUAAUGUUCAGUUCAGCUCAUUGCUACAGUUGUGCAUCGACAAAUAUGAAAUCGAACUUUAUCACAAAGCAGCGUGGACCACCAAAUCGUAUUGGCGAACCAUUGGUGUUCGAUGAUAAUUGCAAUAGUGACACGUGGAUAAUUAAAGAUCGAAGCAAGGAUGAUUGCGGUGAUGGUUUCUGCUUCAAAUGGCAGCAAUCUUUAAACAAUUCCGGUGUUUAUUCUACCAUGACAUUCCGCGGAUGUUAUUCGAAACUCUAUAGUCUCCAGGAUCCGAACACAUUUCGACCUCCCAACCAUUCAUAUUGUACAGUUGCUAAUGUUCCACUUUCCUGCCUUUCUGACGCCAGUGUCAUUGAGCAUUCAUGUUGGUGUCAAGGCGACUUCUGCAACGCAACAUUUAUACCAAUUUCCCAUUAUUUAAUAGUAUUGUUAGUUUUAAUAUCAGCAUAUUCAUGGCAAGCAUAA